UCGUCUCGUCAAUUCGCCGCAAUGGCGGACGGAGCCGCAGUAGCCGUCGGAGCUGGUCCCGAUGUAAACACAGCUGGAAACCCUACAGAAAUCGCCAUGGCAUAUUUACAAGACGAGAAGACUGAUGGCGACAUUGCUAACCUCAACCUGGGGGAACUGGACCUCACCACCGAUGAGUUUAUCUUGGAUGAAGUGGACAUUCAUAUUCAGGCCAAUCUAGAAGAUGAUCUGGUGAAGGAGGCCCUCAAAACGGGUGUUGACCUCCGUCAGUACUCUAAACAGGUGGAGGCGGAGCUGCAGAGGAUCGAACAGGCCUCCAUCAAAGACUACAUCAAGGAGAGUCAGAACAUCGCUCUGCUGCACAACCAGAUCACCGCCUGUGACUCCAUACUAGAGCGUAUGGAGGGCAUGCUGAGCGGCUUCCAGAGCGACCUCUCCUCCAUCAGCAGCGAGAUCCAGACGCUGCAGCAGCAGUCGGUCAGCAUGAACGUCCGGCUGAAGAACCGACAGGCCGUUCGCAGCCACCUCAGCCAGCUGGUGGACGAGCUAGUGGUGCCUGGAGCCAUGAUCUCCACCAUCCUGGACAGUCCGGUGACGGAGCAGGAGUUUCUGGAGCAGCUCCACGAACUCAACAACAAGAUCAACUUUGCCAAAGAGCUGAGCUUCAGAGAGACGCUGGCCUGCUCUGACAUCCAGGACAUCGUCGACCGCCUCAAACUCAAGGCCGUGUCGAAGAUCAGAGAGUUCAUUCUUCAGAAGAUCUACUCCUUCAGGAAGCCGAUGACCAACUACCAGAUCCCACAGAACACUCUGCUGAAGUACAGGUUUUUCUACCAGUUUCUUCUGGCCAAUGAGAGAACUGUCGCCAAGGAGAUCAGAGACGAGUACGUGGACACGAUGAGCAAGAUUUACUACAGUUACUUCAAAUCGUACAGCGGCCGGUUGCUCAAAGUUCAGUAUGAGGAGGUGGCGGACAAAGACGACCUGAUGGGAGUCGAAGACACGGCCAAGAAAGGUUUCUUCUCCAAACCGUCUCUGAAGAGCAGGAACACCAUUUUCACUCUGGGCCAGAGGGGGGCCAUACUGAGUCCUGCAGAGCUGGAGGGUCCGAUCCUGGUUCCACAUACAGCUCAGAGAGGAGACAGCAGGUAUCCCUAUGAAACACUGUUCCGCAGCCAGCACUACGCUCUGCUGGACAACGGCUGCAGAGAAUACCUCUUCCUGUCCGACUUCUUCAUGGUGGCUGGAAACUCUGCCCUCGACCUCUUCAACAGCAUCAUGGGAAAAACUCUCAGCAUGUUCCUGAAGAGUAUGUCCACCUACGUGUCCGACUGCUACGACAGCAUCGCCGUCUUCCUCUGCAUCCACAUCAUCCUCAGGUUCAGAGCCAUCACGGCCAAGAGGACCAUCCCCGCUCUAGACAAGUACUGGGAGGCCGUGUUGGAAUUACUGUGGCCGAGGUUUGAACUCAUCCUGGAAAUGAACAUCCACAGCAUUAGAAACACAGACCCUCAGAAACUGGGAGUCCUGGACACCAGACCACACUAUAUCACUCGUCGCUACGCAGAGUUCUCGUCAGCCAUCGUCAGCAUCAACCAAACAUUCCCAAACGAGAGGACCAACGCUCUGCUGGGACAGCUGCAGGUUGAAGUAGAAAACUUUGUGCUGAAGAUGGCGGCGGAGUUUCCCUCCAGAAGAGACCAGCUCAUCUUCCUCAUCAACAACUACGACAUGAUGCUGAGCGUCCUCAUGGAGAGGGCAGCAGAUGACAGCAAAGAGGUGGAAGGUUUCCAGCAACUGCUCCUGGCCAGAACACAGGAGUUUAUCGAGGAGAUUCUUUCUCCCCCCUUUGGAGGGAUGAUCGCCUUCGUGAAGGAGGCCGAGGCGCUGAUGGAGAAAGGGCAGCUGGACCGACUGAAGAAUGAAGAAGCUCGUAUCACUCAGCUGGUUCGGGGGUUUUCCAGCACAUGGAAACAAUCUGUGGAGGCGAUGAGUCAGGAUGUCAUGAGGUCCUUCACCAACUUCAAAAAUGGGACCAGCAUCAUACAGGGCGCCCUCACCCAGCUCAUCCAGUACUACCACGGCUUCCACAAAAUCCUGAACCAGCCCACGUUUCGCAGCCUGGCCGUCCGCUCAGAGCUCAUCAACCUGCACCACCUCAUGGUCGAGGUCAAGAAGCACAAACCCAACUUCUAACAGGGUGGCCUCGUCGGCGGGGAGACGGUAAACCGAAACAUGAGCACGACACGAAAACAACUGGAUUCUCUUCGCCCCGCUCCUCCUGUAGCCGAGUCGUGUCGCAGAUCAGCGAAGAGGCGACUUCCUCGCUGUGAAGGAGUCUGAGAAUCCUGCACACUUUACAGUCUUUAAAAAUGAAGGUGAUGAAGGGAUUUCAGGUGAUGUUCAGUGAGUGCAGGAUUCUUUGGUUUCUUCACAGCGACCAACAAAACUUUACAGCGUUCAAGGAGCGCUGAAGAAUGAAGAAAAACUUCCAACUACCUGCUAAUUCAAACAGUUCUGAAGUUAAAAUAAUCAAAUCGAGAAUUAACAGAAGUAAAGAAGAUCUAAAUUAUGACUUUCCAUAAGCUUAUUAAAGCAGUGGUGCAAAUUCUGACUUUAAUCAUGAAACACUGAACACACUUCUUUUGUCUUUAUUGUGCAUUGAAGGCAAGACUAUGUAGCUUUUGUUAAACACCAUUUUGUGUUUGGGGAUCUUUAUUCAAAAGAGGCACGGUCUUGCUUUUAAUUUCAGUCAGAGGAAACACAUUUGUUUAAAUCUGUUUGAUUUAUGACGCUGCACUUAAUGAGAGAGAUGCUCUUGUGAAAAUGUUUCUUGAAAAACCGAGGCUCAGCCGGGGAUUUUUCUUCUUGUCAACAAAUACCAGCCACAUGUUGGUGCACCGUUCUGACUCCUCUGCGACAUAAAAAACACCUCACCUGUAGUUUUACGCAAGGAACCCAUAUACUUCUCAUUUACAGGUUUGUAAUUUAUUUUUUGCGUUAUUAUUCAGUCUCAGCCUGAAAGUGAGCUAUCUGAUUAAAAUGCUUUCGUCCAUGUGGUGGAAAGGUGCGAUCAUCCUUUCAAUUUGUGAGAAACAACAUCCAGAAUUCUUUGCAGUCAGUUCCUUCCAAUACAUCUCUACAGGUCAGUGCUGCUGGAUUCAGCCUGUAGUUUGAAAUAAAGACUAGAUUCUGUAAAGUCUGCCUCUAAAACUGGAUAAAUUGGUCACACAACACUGAUUGAGUUCGUGGCACUGUUUUUUAAGGUUAGUUUGGUGACAUAUUAAGAGCUGAGCAGAGAUUUUGUACUUUUGGACCGAGAGCAGCCUGUUGUUAUUCCCAGAGAGUCAAAUCCUGCUGUUCUGUCAAAGCUGCUGGUGACCCUGAUACUGAGGUUUGAGCUCCAUGUUGGGUUUUGUUGAGUUUAGUUCUAUUUUGUGGUCUUAAAGCUCUCAUUUUCUGCUUGUUUACAGGUUUCUAAUUUUAUUUUUGGGGUCUUAUAACACAUAAUUUCCCUCAUACUGUACAUCCUCUUAUUAGCCGCUGUCUGAAACACUCCAGACAGGCCCGGCCUGCUCUGAUUGGUCAGCUGACCCCAUACUAGCUGGUUAACGUUGGUUUAUAGCCUUGGAUCUCUGACUCUGUAGCUCUAACAGAAGCAGCUCUGGUCAGGAAAUAUUGUCGGACUGAGAGGCAGCUGCUCAUUCUUUGUUUGAGGCCAACGUGGCUGCUCGACAAGCAUCAUGCAAAUGUGUUACAGGAUGAUGUGGAUAAGUAACAGAAGAAAAGUCUGGACUUUAAACAAGGCCUGUAAUGAACAGUGUGGGAGAGAAUACCUCCCUUUGUUGUGGACUUUGGCCUGUUGAAGUUUGCAGACCUUUGCCAAAGAAACAGUGAAGGGAGAAACACAAAAAGCAGAACAUGGGCUCUUUACAUUAGACCUACAAGCAGGUUUGCUGAAGUCAAAGUUGAUCAGAAAGCGCAGAGUUCUUCAUUUUUUAGUAUCGUUUAUAUAAAAUGUAUGUAUUCUGUUUGCCAGGAUGUGAAGGUAAAAAUCUGUCUGAGGCUCAGUUUCAAGUCUCCACAUCUCACAAACGUGUGGUUUCAUCAAACAGGAGGCGCUUGUCAGACAUUUAACAACGAUGAAGCAGGAGGAAACGUUAGUGCCGGUGAUUUAACUGGGUUUGCUGACAAGAAGAAAACCAAUCCUUUUUAAAGGAGUUCGACAGAAGCCACAGAGGGAGCGUUUCUCCAAGUUGCCGUGUGCCUUUUUUCUCCUUGAUCUCGCUGUACAGAAUCCAUCGUUGCAUUUAUUUAUGUGAAUCUGUGUUUCAAGUCAUUCCAGUGUGAACCAACAGUCUGUCAAUGAAUAACAGAAACAUGACACAGUGUUGUUGCUUGUUUUUUCAUCUCUUUAUUAGGUUUUAGAACAUCAACGUAGUAUUUAUGUGUAUAUAUUUAGUUUUGCUUAUUAACCACAAGAUGGGUCAACUAGUCUUUUUUUUUUUUUAAUCGCUCAUGUCCACAGCAAACGAAUCACAGCAAAAGACCCAACUACAUUCCUACUGACUAUAAAAAUCAUGAAAUUCCAACAGUUUCUUUUGGCUAAUGUCCUUAGUUUGCUUGACAAUUACAUUCAUUGUUACUUGUGUUAUUGAUUUACUGAGUUUUUUAAUUCUAUAAAUGAUCAGAAACAUUAACAUAGAUAUGUAUUGGGGUCAUUAACUUUUUCAUAAAUGUGUUUUUUUUUCCCAGUUCAAACCCACAGAUGGUAAAGAAGUUGAGCUUAUAGCAAUAUGAAAACCAGCAAAGCAGGAAAAUGUUUAUAUUUGAGAACAUUUUUACUUGAAAAUUAGUUGCAGCCAACAUUGAUCGUUUUGGUUCAUCUCUGUGUAAGAGUUGGUUUUUGUUUUUUUUUAAAUGAUAGUUAAUUUGAGCACAGGGUUUGCUUAUUAUGACUCCUAGCUUUUGUCAUCUCCUCCCUUGUGAUACAUUCAAGGACCAAAGCGUUCUCUAAAAUAUCAAACUAUGCAAAAUGUGCCGGUUCAAUGGAAUCGUUUCAAAGUUUCUCGGAGUGUCUUUAAACUCAUCAGAGUUCCUGCUUCAGAGUAUUUACAGCUUUAUUUGUCUUGUUUUAAAAAAGCAAAAACACCACUUCAACAGUUCAGACUGAAUAUACAGGCACAAAUAGGUGCUUUUAUUUGCAGCUACCAACCAAACCAGCAACCAGCUGACAAAAAUAAUCACACUUAAAUUAUGAAACCAAACCUCUAAACUGGUGCAUUUAAAUACUUUCACUCCAUUCUUUGAACAUAAACAUCAGUUUAGCAGUGAUUGCUGUCUUUUUGUUCACAAAUACUAGAUUUAACAAACAUAAAAUGUGAUUUCAAUCUUCAAACUGAAAAACAGGAGAGUCUAAAUUCUCCCAAUCCAGGACAUCAAAAAGUGCAUCUCCCAUUUUAGGGCUGCUCUCCAAUAAAGGGUUUAGAAGCUAACAUUAAUUAAAUCAUCCACGAAUGUUUCACAGAUCAGACGUUGACUAAAAAAGUCUGUUGCAAGUCUGUGGAAAAUCCUCCUUCAUCUGCAACUGAGGAGCUGAAAAACAAACUUUUU